AGAACCGGAUGCAUUUCUAUUAUCCCCCACCAACAUUUUGGGGUUUUGUACUUCCUGAGUGACAUGCAACGAUUCCCACUUGCCCAAUCUGGGGGCUAGCCAGCAACCGGAAAUGACGUUUAUCGGACGUCACUUUCAGUUUACAAAUAAUAUUCUCUGCAGGUCUCGCGUCAUGAUUUAGUAAUUUUUAGUUUUAAAAAGUUGUAGUUUGUAAAAAUAGAAAAUAGUUUCGAACUACAACUCCCAGCAUGCACUCCUCUGUUUACCUGUACGUCAGUUGUGGGCGCCAACAUAACCGUCCUUAAAACAAGCGGAACACGGAACCGAAAACUAAACAUUAACGCGACCGAGCGACUGCUCUUUUAAGAGAUUAGCCGUUAGCUCGCCGCGUUACUAAGGCAACGGCGUUACGUCACGGAGGAGUAACGGACGCUCUUCCGGGUUGUACGCGCACUCUCGUGGUGUCCGAAGACGUCUUUUGAAAUGGACGUGACGGACAUCGGAAACAAAGAAGAGGGGAAAGUCUGGCAUCGGAAACCAGCGCCGGGCAAAGGUGUGCUCGUGACAGUGGUCCGCACUGCUCAGCACGCCAAGACGGUGCGCUUCCUCCACGUGGCCUUUGACACCACGGGAGACUCCUUCCUGGCUGGAGAUCACCAUGGCAACAUCUAUGUAUUUGACCUCAGUAGAAACAGGUUUCGUCUGGUGCAGAAGACGGGCCAGGCCUGCACUGCUCUGGCAUUCAGCCUUCGCAGGACCACAGAGUUCCUUGUGGCUCUGGCCGACUACACCAUCAAGUGCUUUGACAAAGACACAAAGCAGCUGGUCAGUUGGAUGCGGGGUCACGAGGGGGCAGUUUCGUCCAUCUCGGUCCACAGCUCGGGGCGCUACGCCAUCACCACGUCCCUGGACAUGGCUCAGCUCUGGGACCUGGACACCUUCCAGAGGAAGAGGAAGCUCAACAUCCGACAGGCUGUUGGCAUUCAGAGGGUGUUUUUCCUGCCUCUCAGUAACACCAUUCUCAGCUGUUUCAGCGAUGACUCCAUCUUUGCUUGGGAGAGCGACACGCUGUUCUGCAAAUACCAGCUCCCAGUCCCCGACUGCGGACCCCAAAUCUCCUACAAGGCCUUCGCCGUUACACGGGACGGGAAGAGCCUUGCCGCUGGGGGCCGCUCCAACCUGCUGCACCUGUGGUGUCUGGACAGCAAGCAGCUGAUUCGGGUGAUUCAGAUGCCCACGCAGGUCCGGACCGUCCGACAGCUUGAAUUCCUGCCCGACAGUUUUGACGGAGGAGCCAGUCAGACACUGGGCGUAUUGAGUCAGGACGGCGUUAUGCGCUUCAUCAACAUUCACACUUGCAAGCUGCUUUUCCACAUGGGUUCCCACGAAGACGCCAUCUCCACGGUGACGGUCAGCCCUAACGGCAGACACGUCGUGGCCACCAUGGAUAAUGGCAGCAUAAAUGUCUACAGGGUUCAGAGUCUCACACAGGAAUUAAACCAGCCUCCUCCCUCCAAGGUGGCAGUAGUCUCUGGCGGUGGAGCUGUUCACUUGUCUCACCUAAAGGUCCAGGUCAGGUCAGAGGUCGUUCAGAGACAAGCCAAGAGGUUGGGUAGGCGUACGCAUGGGAAGACACUUAGACCCCCUGCUGUGUGCACAGCUGAGGAUAAAGAGAAUGAACUGCCUGCUGGUCUAAAUAAGAAGAGACUGGUGGCUCUGCUCAAGGAAUUUGGAGAGUAUCCUGCUAAAUACAGGAUGUUUGUGUGGCGGUCUUUGUUGCGUCUCCCAGAGAACCAUGCAGCGUACAGCAGUCUGACCGAUAAAGGCCUGCAUUCGGCCUACCUCACCAUGCAUGAUAAAUACCCCAUCAAGAGCCACAAGUUACAGAGGGGACUACAGAGGGUUUUGUCUGCCUUGGCUCACUGGGCAGCCAUCUUUGGAGAGGUGGAGUACCUUCCCCUAGUAGCCUUCCCCUUUGUCAAGCUCUUCCAGAACAACCCAAUGCUCUGCUUUGAGGUGGUGGCCAGUGUUAUAGUGAAUUGGGGUCAACAUUGGUUUGAGUACUUCCCCAACCCUCCUCUGAACAUCCUGAGCAUGGCGGAGAACGUUCUGGCUCAUCACGACAAGGAGCUCCUGCAGCAUCUGGUGGACUGCGGCAUCACGUCACAGCUCUAUGUGUGGCCCCUGCUGGAGACCUUGUUCUCUGAGGUUUUGACCCGUGACGAGUGGCUUAAACUCUUUGACAACAUCUUCUCCAACCAUCCGUCUUUCCUGCUCAUGGCCUGUGUGGCCUACAUCACCUGCUGCCGUGAGCCUCUGCUGCGCUGCUCCCAGAAACAGGACUUUGAGUAUUUCUUUCACCACCGUAACAACCUGGAUUUGGGAGCCAUGAUAAAAGAAGCUUACCGACUCACGGGCGGCACACCAGCAGACAUCCAUCCCAGGAAUAUGCUCUCUGACAUGACGCCGCUGACCGAGGGCCAGUACCCCGUCUUCAACCACUACCCCGAAUUCAUCGUGGAAUACCAGAGCCGAGAGAGGGAGAAGAUACGACUGCAGGAGUUGGAGUAUCUCCGCGAGAGGCAGGAGGUGUCGGCUCUGCGCACAGAUUUUGUGCGUCGCCAGGCUGAAGAGGAGGCCUAUUUUGCACAACAGGAGCUGCUGCAGAAGGCAGAGGAACAGCGCAGAAACAUCCUGGCACAAGAAGAGGAGAAAUUAACAGAGCAGAGGUCAAAGUUGACAGCCAUGAAGAGAGAGCUGAAGGUGAAGGAGUUGCAGCUGCUGGAUGCAACGAAAAGACGUUUCCUCAAACACCAACAGGACCUGAGAGCCUCGCAGGUCCAACGACUAGACCAGGAGAUCAGUAGAAAGAUGGAUCUCCGGGAGCGAGAAACGGCUGCAGCGGUCCAGGAUCUAGAAGUCCGACAGAUGGAGCUGGAGGCUCAGAGGAGACGACUUGAGCAGAACAUGUUUAAGGAGCAGGAGCGCACGGGACGGGAGGUCGAGGAGGAGACGGAGAUGAGGACGAGGAGGGCAGACGAGGAGGACCGGAGCUACACGGAGUUGCUACAAUGCGCAGAGACAAACAUGCAGGCGCUGGAGGAGUCCUUGGCGGAGGCGUGCCAGCUGGACUUGGAGUCGCACUGGCAGAGAGAGGUGGCGCAACGCCUGCAGCAGGUCGAUGCCGAGCAGGAGAGGAAGAGGGAGAAGCUGAAAGAGCUUCACAGGCAAACCCUGGCAGAGGAGGGGAGACUGGCCGACACCAUGAGAGAUGUGGCGGGGAGGAAGUGGGAUGACGUAAUGAGGUCCAGAGCCCAGUUACAGGAGCAGCAACAGGCAGCCGCAGUGCCGGACGGCCAGAGACGGACGGGGAUGAGAUCGCUCUGUUCCACCACAGGACUUGUCCAAAGACCCGGCGCCACCGCUGCUGUUUAUGUGGGAACCAAAUCUGCCCCCUCCUCCGCGAAGCAGGCGGAAACCAACACGGUGUGUCUGAACAGCAGCUCGCCUUCAGAAAGCACCGCCACCAACUUUUCCCUGGACCGAGGCCGGGCCCAGCUGGACAGCAGCGAGAGACAACUGCUGAAGGAAAUCCGAGAGCGGAGGCAGAAGAUGUUGGACCGAGCCAGAGAGGGCGUCCCCUCCGUGUCCCAGUGACCACAAACGCCUCGGACGAUGGCCACGGCCGUAAAAAAAGUCCAAUGUCGUAUCAUCGCAGUCCGUCUGGAGCCGGUGAACGUCACUCUGUGUGCUCACGGGACAAUGCGAUGCAAGUAACUAACGUCUCGUAACGGUACUACAGACCAUAAUCUCUCUGCCUUUUUAUCGUACUACCUUCCAGUUCACGUGUACAAAGUCUUUUCCUCAUUGUUACAUUUUUAUUUCAAUGAAUUUUACAUGAUUCGUCUUAUUUAAAACUUGGUUUGGAUAAAAUGUUUUUUAAAAAAUC